AAUGAAUAGUGAAGUGAAUAAUAAUAUUAUUAAUGUGAAUUGUUAUGAUUUUUUAAAAUUCCUGUAGUUUAUAUUUUUGAUUUUAUUUUCAUAUAAUUUCACGUGCGAUUUUUCUAAUUGGACUUUUUAAUCAAAUUUAUCAUCAAUUAAGAUGUAUAAAAAGCCUGCAUCCGGGAAAAGAUCAAAUUUGUCUCAAUUUGGUCUUCUGGAUAUGGAUGUAGAUGAUGGGGACGAUGAACAAAUGGAUCUGUCCGAUGAUGAUAUGGACCUUGAAGCAGAACUAGCAGCAAUCAGCGGAGGAGGGGGAAGACCAUCACGUCCGAGGAAGCCUGCUGCUGUACCAGCUACUAACUUAGAUGCAAUGAUAGCAGCAAGUUUAAAAGAUAUCCCUUCUGAUGAGGAUGAUGGCUCUGACGAUGAUGAUGAUCCAGACCUUCUCAAUGAACUCCAGGCACUGUCUGUAGAAGAUGACGAGGCGCCAGCCCCUCCUCCCCGCACCAGCCGGCCUGCACCCGCACCCCCAGGCACUGUCACUGGACAGAACAGCACAGUUAGUUUGUUGCAGGAGCGGAUUUCAAAUUAUGUUUUAGCAGAAAAGACCGCUAAAGAAAAAGGAGAAAGUAGCAAAGCAAGGAGAUUUGGUCGUGGUUUGAAAACUCUUAAUGACCUACUAAAACAGGCAAAAGCUGGAAAACCGAUCAAAGAUGAAGAUAUACCUCCUCCAGUUAGUCUCGGAAAACCAGCGUCUGAGUCUGCGCCUUUUCCCCAACCUCAAGUAGAGCCAGCCCCUCCUCCUGACCCUGUUCCUGAUCCUGAACCUCCUAGUAUUCCAGAAGCAGAACCCGAGGAACUCCCGAGUCUCCCAGAACCUAAACAACCUCCUCCGCCACCUCCAACUGAAGAAGUAGAUCCUGAAAAACAGCAAGGGCUACUAGUAAUAUUAAAACGUAAAGAGGAGUUCAAAGCCGCUGCAUUAGCAUCUAAACACGCCGGCGACAAAACUAUGGCACUGGAAUAUUUGAAAGUAGUAAAACAAUUUGAUGUAGUGGUGGAUGCAUACAAAUCUGGACAGGAGAUGGACCUAAGCGAGCUGCCGACAGUAGAGAUGAUAGCCACUGCGUUUAAAUCACAACAGAAAGAGGAAGAUCAUGUACAGAACUCCACAGAACCACAACCAACACCGCCUACCACGGAGGGUGGUUUGAUUACCGCGUCCACAAUGGAAGAGGCGCUAAAGCAGAGGCUUGCUGCUUUUCAGCAACUAGAAGCCAAAGCGAAAGAAGAGGGUAACUCGUCUAAGGCCAGGCGUAUGGGUCGUAUAGUGAAACAGUACGUGGAAGCGAUCCGGUUGCACGCCGCCGGCAGACCGCUGCCCGCUGAUGAACUACCCACACCUGCUGGAUACGGCGCCUUGCCCGGACAUGGUCAACCGGCGGCUGCCGCGUCCCUCUCCCCCUCCCCCUCCCCCUCCCCCGCCCCGUCCACCCUGCCCGCGCCCCGCGCCGCCCCCUCACAGGCCCCCACGCCGCCCUCCCGUUACGACAAGCAGCUAGCAUUGCUGCUACAUCGACAGAAGCAGUUCAAAGAGGCAGCCAUUAAAGCUAAGAAGAGUGGCGAUAUCGAGCAUGCAAAAGAGUACCUAAGAGCCGCGAAGGGAUUCGAUUCAAUGAUCGAGGCGGCAAAAGGCGGACUUAUUGUUGAUCUGAAGUCAUUACCACUGCCGCCGAAAGCCAAAGAAAAUAUUGAACAUACAUUCGACGUAGUAUCAACGGAGGACUGCGGCCCGUCGGACGAGACGCCCACCAUCGACGCGGAGGACGACAACGUGCUGAGUCGAUUACAGCACCAGCUCACCUCGCAGCUCAAGAUAUGCCUCGACAACCGCGAUCACAACCGGGCGAUGGGGAACAUAGCAGAGGCCAACAGAUACGAACACCUCGCGCUCACUGUCAAACAGGAUCUGGAUGUUGUCAUAGUCGCAAAAGGUCUAGAUUCAAAGCCACCAAAGUUCCACUACGAGUCGCGGCAGUUCUCCAUGGUGCAGUGCAAUACGGAUCUUAACGAGAACGAUUUAGAGUUGACAAUUGUCCGCGGUAUUGCGUACAACGUACCCAACCCAAAAGAAGUGGACACUUACGUCAAAUUUGAGUUCCCAUACCCACAGGACGCGCCUGUAUCCGAUCGCACUUCGCUGGUGAAGGACACCAACAGUCCGCAGUACGACGCGGUGUUCCCGCUCAGCAUCAGUCGCGGAGCGAGGCCCUGCCUUAGGGUGUUCAAGCGACACGCCAUCAAAUUCGAGAUAUACGCCAGAGGUUGCGGCGGGUGUAUUGACGCGGCGUUGUGUUGCAGCGGCUGGUUCCGCAGCGACCGGCUGCUGGGCUCGCUGGCCGUCAAGCUGGCGCCGCUCGAGGCGGCCGUCACCCUCCACGACUCAUAUCCGCUGAUGGAUGGAAGAAGGCCUGCUGGUGGCUCACUGGAGGUGAAACUGAGGGUCCGCACACCACUGCUGCAGCCUCAGGUUGUGGACACCACUCACAGGUGGCUGGUCAUAGACAACUAAUCGCGCUGCAUUCGACAUGGUAUUUACUGUCUGUGGAAUAAGGUCAUCUUACUAAUAUUUAAACACGAAAGAUUGUGAGUAUUCAUGGAUGUAUGUUUGUUACGCACUCAAAAACUUCUAAACGGAUUUUGAUGAAACUUUACAGUAAUAUAGCUUAUAUAUAUAUUAUGUAUAUAUAGAUUAUGUAUAAUAUCAUUAUAAAUUAUAACCUAUGUGUAGUCUGAUGUAUAAGCUAUAUUACUACUUACAAGUUGGACGAAAUAUAAUUAUGUAUGUCAAAUAAGUGUGAUGCAGGCGAAUUUGCGCGGGUCAGACAGUACCUAUAAUAUAUUAGAAUAAAGUCUAUCUGUGCGCCAAAUUUAAUGUAAAACAGUUCCACUAUUAAACUUGCUUGUAAUGUUCUCUACGAACCGCUUAACACUUGAUAAACUCAGUUGUAACGUUUGCAACUGCAACUGUCAGGGUUAUGCAUAAUCGCAAUAUUUUCAAUUUCUGAUUCAACUGUGUAACGAAUGCAACUGUGUUAUAUAAUGAAGCCCCUGAUUUGCAAUUAUCCAAGAAGUUUGAGACCUUUAGCUGAGCAAGACACAAUUUCGUACAUGAUCGAUCGGGUCUGUAUGUGUUGAUGAGUCUGUGAGGGCAUUUAAUAAGAGCACAAGGUAUUAAGACAUAAGCUUAAGUGACUCAUAAUUCCUGAGUAUGUAUCAUUUCCAUAAGUCGCAGCAAAGCUCAUAUUACGCUUCCAAAUUAAUCGGAAACACAAUUUUUGUAUAUAUAUUCGCAUAAUAAUAAUAAAAAAAUAUAAAUUAAAGAUUUUAAAUAUGACUUACUAAGUUUAGAACUUGCAGUCAAAUUCGCGUUUUUUUUAUUUCAAUUAAUUUUUUAUGCUUAUAUGCGAUAUUGUAUAUUGUAAAUAUAUCAUAUACUUAUUCGUUAGACGAAUCUGAAAUAUAAAUAACCCAUAAUAAGGAUGAAAUCCAUACAGCCUACACCGGAACGCCUCUUUGCCUUAUGCUUAGUAAUUAAUUAAAAAUAACCAAAAAAUUGUAAUAAAAAGGUGUAUUAUGAAAUAAUAUUAUAUAAUUUAUAGGUUAUAUCUAUAUGUAUUGGGUAUUUAUAUACUCACAAGAAAAAAAUAGUAAAAAUGUAAAAAUUAUAUAAAUUAAUUGGUUGUAAUAAUUAUGG